ACAUGCUGUUCGAAGUCACUUCGCGGUUGGUGUUAAGUCUUCUUGAAUCUUUAGACGUGCCGCCGACUUUGCUAAAUCGCCGAAAUUUGCAUGAAAAUGAGGACAAGUCCGCGAGGACGAUUAAUCGAAGAAUAUUGAGGGCGAAGCAAUUAGCUAAACGGCGACACGUGCAAUAUAUUUUUGCUCAUUGAUAUCUAAGCAUUCAUUAUUUCGGUUUCCGGGCCUUUGCACGGUGUUGUUAUUCCGGCCUUUGUUGUGUUUUCGUUUACUCGUUGCGAGGAGAAUUGGAGGUUAAAAACUAGCUGUAAUUGAAACAGACAGACGUUUGCGUUCACCUUGACGAUGCCGCUUGUGAAAGAAGUCCUGAAAUGUAAUGUUUCAGUUGAGUUCUUUACAAACUCGAUUCGCCAUGGCCAUUGAUGGAAUAACGAAGGUAUCAUCUGCGCACGUUGGGUUCAUGAUCCGGGAUUUCCCUCCUCAAAGUUGAUACCGAAAAUAUCAAUGUGAUGGUUCUAUAGUGACGAAAAGACAAACUAAACAAAUUACAGAAUUGUUUCUCAUAUUAUAACACAAUGCAAGCUGCCUGGUGUUUUACAAGCAUGACAGCUCUCUAGAUAUUUCAUUGCCUCGCGCCAUCUUGCAAUCAGAUAUAGUCCUUUGAACUUCAUUCUGCUGAGAGUCCUUCAAGUCGAUGAGACAUGUAUGGGCUGAUUCUGGAGAAUUUUCGUUGCGUAAUACUUGAGAAAUAUGGGGAAGCUGUCUGGAACAAAGUUGUGGAAAAAUCUGGAGUGAGGCAUCACACUUUUGCCACACACAAAAUCUAUUCGGAAGACAUCAUAGUUCGCCUCAUUAAAGCAGCUACAGAAGAGACCAAGCACAGUUCGCAAGAAGUUACCGAGGAUGUUGGAAUUCAUUUCCUCGGUUUUAUUGGUCAAUAUGGCUACGACAGAAUCUUAAAAGUGCUUGGUAGACAUAUGAGGGAUUUUCUGAAUGGCUUGGAUAAUCUUCACGAGUACCUACGAUUCACUUACCCAAAGUUAAAAGCACCUUCGUUUUUCUGCGACGAUGAAACGGAGCAUGGACUUAAACUACACUACCGCUCCUCGCGUAAAGGCUUUCUUUACUAUGUCAUCGGUCAGAUCAAAGCAGUUGGCCGAUUCUUCUAUCAUAUCGACGUUGAAGUGGAACUUUUAUCUCAUACUGAGAGCAAGGAAGGAACGAAUGCCUUGUUUCAGCUGACGUUUGACAACAGCGUGUAUAUGGAAUCACGCCGAAGGCCAAAACGACACUCUGUCAUUUCAUUGAACGGGGAUGCCGAAAAUCUUAAAAUCCCCAUGGAAGUAUUUUACGAGGUUUUUCCUUUUCACAUUGUAUUCGAUGAGGAAAUGGUGAUUUCCAGCACGGGCAAUAGCUUGGAAGCCGUUCUACGGGGCCUUCCUGGAAAAAAGAUUUACUCACAGUUCACUCUAAUUCGACCCUUCAUGGAAUUCACCUGGGAAAAUGUGAGUGUUUAACUAUUAAGAUAUUGAAAGUAUUUUUAUUUGGUUGAAGACCAGCCUUGUAAAAACAGACACCAUAUUCAACUAAUGAAAAAUGGUGUUGCGUGUCAUCUUUUAAUUAUAUUCAGAAAUAUGCAUAUGUUUUCCCAAUAUUCGUACAUUUCAAUAAGACGGUUUAAUGUUGAAGGAGAAAGUGAUCACAAUAAAUAGCUUUUGUGUUGUUUUCAUUUCUUGAUAAAAAUCAACCCCCACCUCAGAAUACAAACCAGAACUGUCGUUUAUACUAUUUUUUCUUUUCACGAAUUAGGGGGUUUUAUCUUUAACAAAAAGGGGAUUUGCUAACCUGAAAAUUAGCCCUUUUAGUUUUUUCCUUUUAUACCAAAAAAAAUUAUUUUCUUUAUCUUUUUCUCCUAAUAAAAGAAUGAGCCAUAAUUUCAGUUUAUACAUGUGGAAACAAAGUUAAUAUGUUCACAUUAACUGGCUAUGUUACUGGUCAUUUCUAUCAAAGCAACCUUCUCCAAGGUAUAUUUUAGAAUUAACCAACAUUAGGAAAUAUUUAGUAACCUUGGGGUGUUACGUUUAACAGCCAUUGGUAGUUUCUUAGUGUUGCAUAGCAGAUGUGGUCACCAUGAGCCAUAAUACGAAACAUCGAAAAGGCACCAACUUAUAAACACAGCACCCCAGCUGCUACCAUUAUAUAACAUAUACAGCUUGAAGUCUAUCAAUUCAUGUGAUGUUGCUCUGUUGGUUAGGAGUUGUUUAGUAUUUUGUUAUGUCAAGUCAAAGAGCUUUAUUUUAGAUACCUUGAUGAAAUGUUUGCAUAUUGUAAAGCCUUCUUAUUAUUGUUUGAUUACUGACAUAGUGUGUGACACAACCAUUUCUCACAUUAAUCAUGCAUCUUGCAUAAAACACUAUAACUGUAAUUUUAUGCUUAUAAUUUGAUAUCAAAAGGAAAUGUUGUGUUCUGAAUGCCUAGUAGCAUUUUAAAUAUAGAUGGGAGAGAUAAAGUGUUAAAAUGUUUUCAAGAUAAUUCAGUAUCUUAAAACUUACAAACGCAACCAAAAAAUGAUUUCAUGAAAAUAAAAGGCGACCCUUUCAUGAUUAAAGAAGAAAUAACUCCGCUUCCCAUUACUCAUUGUUUUAAUGUUUAAAAUAAUAUGUUAUUUCACUCAUACAGCCUGUCUUAUUGUUAAAAAAAUACGUUAUUUUACUCUUAUAGUCUGUCAAUGUAAUAAAUUUUGCCUUUCUCAGAGUAAAGACAUUCAUGGUAAUCCAAAACUCAUUUUAAGGUUUGACGCACUUUCAAAUUACCAGAAAACAUGCCAAAUGAUUGGCAUUCCACGCAUCAAUGUUAUGGUGUCUGAGAGUUAUUUUUAGAGUUUCUAGUGUAAUUUUAAUUAACACAUGUUUUUAUUUAACAGUUUUGGGUGUUUCUGUGUUUGUUGAGUCCCUGUUCCUUUGUCUCUUUAGCCUAAAAUAGUAGUGGAAAAGUAAAUUUGAAAUGUUUUGUUUACAAGAGAGAGAAGUAUUGUGUUUGAUAUUCAUAUACCAUACUGAGACUUACUGUCUGGUGCACAGACAUUGAGCCAUAAAGUAAUAUCCGUGAUGAGAUGUGGGUGAACCACAUGUUAAAAGUAAUGUUAACCUUACUUUCUGUUUGUCUUUUCUAAAUCAUUUUUUCCCUUUUCCAUAAGUAGUUAUAAUCCAAGUUUAAGACAAAUUUUAUCAGUAAAAAUAGAGCUGCAGGUGUUAGGGUUGUUAACAUUUGGUGUAAAACUUGACCCCAACCUUGCCCAGUUUGGGGCGUUUAUCUAUGAAAUUAAUAUUUCAUUGAAGUAAACUUCCUCUGUUCCCUAAAUGUAUUUGGGUAUAGGGCCAGAAGCAAUUUUUCAUUUUUAGGCAAGAUAAAACAUAAAUAUUCUUUUAACCCUUUGUUCUUAAGAUCUUGUUCUUGUAUGGUGCUGUAGGCAUACUGCUGUUUAAAAAACAAAAGUGCAGCAUUGCAGUGGUCAUUAAGGACAACAAUAAUGUUUACUGUUUUGUUCUGCUUUUCCAUGCAUUUCCAAGUUUAUGAAGUAGAAUGUUUUUGGCAGUGGGUAGAUGUGCAAGUGGUUUUGAAAAGUCCAUUCUAAUGUUGUGAACUAUUACUUCUCUCCAAGUGGGGGAGCAGGGUAGGAUUUAACCUUAUCAUUCCCUUGGAAAUCAUGUGAAGAAAAUGAAAAUGUGAAGUUUCACUGUGUAUUGCAAAAGAGUUAUCAUUUGAUAGAUAACUCCAUUAAAAAAAACCUUCCGCAGACUUGAUCGUUAGAACAAAACCCAUUUGUUGCAGUGUAUAGUUAUGUUUGAUUUGUUUUCUUGUUGUUGUUGUUUCUGUAACCCAGGACAACAAGAUAAACACAUCUGACAGCUUUGGAUAAAUUAAAAACUUAAGCCCUUUUAAAAGAAAAAAAUAAAGGGAAUCAACCAUACGAGGACACAGAAUAAAUCUGAGUCCCAGAUGGGAUUCGAACCCACAAACCUCCGUGUUCUAGAUCACGAACACGGAGGGUGAUGGGUUUGAAUCCCAUCUGGGGCUCAGAUUUUUUCUGUGUCCUCGUAUGGUUGAUUCAUUACAUCUCUUUUUAUUUUUUCCGCUAUAAUAUUAAACCCUUUUACAAUUUAUAUUAAGUCAGGUCAAAAUCUACGUCCAUCAAUUUGGAACAGCAAACACAGUGCAUUGCUUUAACUUAAAUAAUGAACUUCCUAGAGCAGUGUUUAUGUGAGUGUAACUCUCUCAUCUUCAAAGGCUUCCACUGGAUUAACAAAAUAUUGGAAAAUGUUGAUAAUAUUUAAUAAUUAAAAUUUACAUGUAUAAUAUAUUAUGCAAGUGCAUCUACAUAAAGGUAAUCAGAUCCGUGAGUGCAGGCCUCUGCAGAUGAGAGGUGAGAGAAUGUCAGGAGAAAUGAUAUUAUGAAUUAUUUGGGUUAAGAGUGCUGCACUGUAUUAAGUUCAUAUCCUCCAUUUCACAUCUCAUUCAGAAAUGUACAUUGUAUCAAAAAUAGGCCACUUCCGAGUUCCAAAAACCCUUACUUUCAAAAUGAGGCCAGGUGCGCAACCUUUCUUGUGAAAAUGAGUUUUAUUUGCAUGAGGAUGAAAAAUGAUUUCCAUAUCAAAGGCUGAGCACCUACCAUUGUUUUGUAACAGAGGCCCGGGGGAACUCAGAAAUGGCCUAUUGUGAUGCACCAGGAAUGUAGCUAAGAAAAAGCUAAGCAGGCUUUUUAUUAGUCAAGCCGGGUUUUUUACUCAAAAGUUUGCACCUUCAAAAUUUCCCCAUGUCUUGGUUUUCCUUUGCAAUUUGAGCUGGUGGUAGCAGGGCUGUCAAUAAGGGCUGGUAGGCGGCCAAAACUGCCAGCUAGUUAGCCAUCCUUAGCUGGCUACUUUCAUGUCCUUCUACCAUAACUGCUAACAAAAAAUAAGCACCAUCAAGUAAAAUAGUAAAGCAUCAGUUUCCCAGUUUUGAAUGACGUUGAACGCAUAUUUUAUAAACAGGUUUAGACCUGAAAAAUGUCAACUUCAACGUUCGAAACUGUGCGAUGUCGUGGAAUGCCUGGGACAUUUCGACCGCAUUGUUCCCAGUCUUGCAGACAGUCUUGCAUGUAUGCUGACAAAACAACAUGGCAUCCACAGUGGAAAAUACCUCUUGAAAACCUUUUCUGAGACUCUAAAUUUUAAAAUGUCCCUAGAUGCCUCUGCCCUCAAGAACUUGUGCCUGUGGUGCGAGUUCCAAAGCUGCCUACUAUUCAUUAUCAGCCUGCUACUUAAAAACGUUUUUACAGCCCUGGUGGUAGGCUCUUUUUCAGGUGCUGUAGUUAGCCAGCAGCUGGCUCUUAGUGACAUCUGAUGCCUGGAUGCAUAUGCAGAAUUUUUGUUUUGCUUUUUAGAGAUCGCCAUGGUCAUCCUUGUUACUUGAUCCCCUUUAUGUUUUGGGCUACUUGUAUAAAAUUAAUAUAAUAAGAGAUUGCUGGUUUCUUGGCUCAUGUGAGGAACAAAGAGCACUACUCCUAAUCUAAUACAGAUCAGUGGCUGAUUUCAUGGGGAAGGCAGGUACCUUCAUCUAGAUCCCUACCCCUCUUACUAUCAGAAAUUCCACAACAGUUUUAUUUGGAAAGUAAGUUGAAUGAGUGAUUGCUUACAGGAGGUGGUGGUACCUACAUAUAUGUAUUUGUUUCCAUUGUGAGAUCAGAUACCAGAUUUCUAAUAGCAGUAUUGGUACUUUUAAGGUGAGAACACACACAAAUGUUGUGUUUGAAGUCCAGUCAAUUGAGGCGGUAGUGCUGCCAGUGGACAGUGAUCUUCAGAAUGGGGAGGUGAUGGUGAAUGGAACAGAAAAGGAAGGCUCUGGUGACCUGUGUUUCAUCCACCUCAAAGGACAGAUGUUGUACAUGGAGGAGUGGAAUUCAAUGGUUUACCUUUCAACCCCAAUGUAAGUUUUAAGAACACCAGGGCCCGGUUCUUGAAAGGCCGAUUAGCAUUAAUCCAGGGUUAAAAUUUUGUUCUGUUUUUGUAUUUCACAUUCCUAUGCAUUGAUUUGGGUAUCAUUUUGUGUUAUCAUUACUGUAUCUCGUAGUAGAGGCUCAGCAGUAUUUUGUAACCUCGAGCUGCAUGUUCUUAGAUGAGAAAACCGUGCUUGAAAUUUGGCUUCACCCUGGGUUAAACUUAACCAUCUUUCGAGGAACCCGGCGCGGCAGUCUUGAUAUUCUGAAUAACACUGCACAAUACAAAGCAGUUCGGAAUUACCAUUAACUCCCCUCUUAUCAAAGAUUGAAGCUGGAUUAACAGAACUUGUAGCCAGUCAGUUCAAGUUACUUUAAUUUCUGUUUUUCUUUUUUCAAAGGCUUUUGACUGAUGUAUGUGGCAAAUAGUAUUACAGUAGUCGUUUUAACUGUAGCUGUAGCAAAUGUUACUGUGUUCCAUUUUCAGAAUUGAGAAACUAGAGAUGAUGCAUAGUCUUGGACUGUACAUCAAUGACCUGAGCAUGCAUGAUUCUAGCAGAGAUCUUGUUUUAGCUGGAACACAGCAGUCAGCAGAACUAAGAUUGGCCCUUGAUCAGGUACAAAAAAAUAACAUUUUAUCAAUCAUAAACACUGUUUUUCAUCAUUGUAUGACACUUUAGAAACAGUGUUUUUGGUUGAAAUUUUUCAUGGAGGUAUGUCAUGUAGUUUAAAGUGCAUUAUCCUGUGAAGGUUACCUCUGAUAAUACAUCAGAACUUCACGUUUUCUCUUUGAACCUUUACUCUCACAAGAUGUCUUGAAACUUUUCCAACUCAAAAAAACUAACAUUGCACCAUUCAUUUUAUUAGGAGCUUCUGAAAAGUGCUAAGCUUGAAGAGAGCAUGAAAGAGCUGGAUAUAGAAAAGAGGAGGACGGAUUCAUUGCUGUAUCAAAUGAUCCCUAGAUCAGUGGCUGAUAGACUACGACAGGGUGAACCAGCGCUCAAUACUUGUGAGGUAUUUACCUUCAAUAUUUUUUUUAGAUAAAAAUAGUUUACCAGCAACCAUAACCCUAAACCAACAAUACCGUUACGCUAUUGUUUCAGAUGUUCCAUGAUGUUUCUGUCCUGUUCAGUGAUGUGGUGGGAUUCACGCACAUCUGUUCACUAAUCAGUCCCAUGGAAGUGGUCACCAUGUUAAACAACAUGUACACAGCAUUUGAUCAGAUCUCAGAGGAGCAUAAUGUUUACAAAGUAGGUAAACAAGUAGUAGAGGUCUGAAGUAAGGAUACUUUCAACCUUGGGGGAGAUGGAACAGGUAAUUCUUAAUCCUUUGUUUUUCUUAAAGGUUGAGACAAUUGGUGAUGCAUACAUGGUGGUGAGUGGUGUUCCUGAAAGAAGCAAAUAUCAUGCGGAGCAUGUCGCAGAUCUUGCACUUGACAUGAUUUCUGCCAUGCCAACACUAGUGGAUCCAUCAAAAUCAUCCCCUCAUCUCCGAAUAAGAGUAGGUAAGGAGAUACUCCUAAGUUGUCCGGUGUACAGAAAGUACAAUUGUAAUCUUGAGGUGUAGGGAGCUUAAACAACAGAAAGUACCCUUUAAGCCCUGUAAUCAGCAUCAAAUCGUUCAAUGUUUUUAAAACAGUGGUCAUGGAAUUAUGGACAUUAAUGAAUUUGCUUGAUAUUUUAUCAAACAACGACAGCCAACAAAUGAGAAUUCAUAUUUUGAUCUCAGGGUUUAAAGGGUUAAAAAGUGAAGUCGCGCUGCUUCAAAGUUUAUGGCGCUUAUUCAAUCCCGUCCAAUUCGUCAAAUGUUGGCAAUUUUUUUGGAGUUGAAUUCUAAAAGACUGAAUGGAAUUUCAGGAAUUCGAAAGGAGAGGGAAAGUCGUUAUCUUGUGUUCACAAAACGUGAAAUUUGGCAUUUUCACGUCAUAGUAGUCGUGCAGUAACGGAAAAGAAAUGUACAAAAAAGCGUGGUGCACCUUCAAAAUUGUUGUUUUGCCAAUCUAAACCUAUGGUGCCGUUCUUGUUGACGUUGCCGUCGUUGUUGCUCAAGCUCCCUAAUGUUACUGUAAUGCUGCCUUUCAGUUAAUGUUCCUGAAUAUUUACUUUGUCUCAGGAACUCAGUGUCAGACACUUUCUUUUUGAAACUACACACACACUUCCUUUUUUCUCAAAGGUCUUGCUUGUGCAUAGGGCAGUUAUGAUGAAAACAUGUCAUUGUAGUCAUUGUAUGGAGUAUUCAACUAACCGCAGACUAUGUUCAAGUUUUGUUGCAUGCUGAAGCUCCCAAAAAUUGUCUUAUUGCUUGAAUUUAAAUCGUUUAUGCGAUUAUUCUGCAAAUGUGAUACAACAGGUGUCCACACAGGGAUGGUUGUAGCAGGAGUAGUUGGGGUAAAGAUGCCUCGCUAUUGUUUGUUUGGGGACACAGUCAACACAGCAUCCAGGAUGGAGUCCACAGGAUUGGUAUGUAAUACUUCUGUUGGCCAGAACUUCUUUAGAACCUCUAAUUUGAUAGGUCCUUGUUGGCCCAAAGCUCUAUUGUUUCAGAGUUGGGGUUCAUUGUUAGUUUUGUUUGGGUUAGGGCUAUCUAUUGUUUUCUAAACCAAUCCUGUGAGCCGUUCUUAGAGCUUCCAGCCCAUCCAAGUAAUUAUAGCCAUAAGUGUCAAUGAGUUUUAUGCCUUAUCCGAUUUAGUUGUGAUUUAUGGCAUAGGUAGUGUAAACAAAAUUAUUUAUUGCUAUCAUCUACAUUACGGUAUGUAUUAUGAAUACAGCCGAUCGAAGAUUUUGGAUACAAGGUCUAAUUGGAAAGGAAGUGUCUUUUUUAGUUUACUUUAUGAUUCAAGCACCAGGAAAGAAGUUUCCCUUUUCAGUGCAAAAUAUCGGAAGUGACUUAAUGAAAAACACUGAUGUAACCAGCUAUACGUAUACCAGACUGACCAAAACGACGGUCGUCUUGCCCAGAGGACGUUCCAUAUCUGUAACAGGCGGUGAUAAUGGAAUAAUUGUCUUUAGUAAAAUCGGAGUAGUGGUCUAUUAUCAAUGCUGCGUUCUGAUUGGUUGAGCUAGCGAAAAGCGCCGGAUUUUUGGCGGCAAAAAAAGAUUAAAGUGUUGCUUUAAGUUGUUUUGUCUCGAUAUUUUUGACCAACUAGUUGGAUUUUACUAUAAAACAAUUAUUUCUCUCGCCCCCAUGGCCUCAUGGGCUAUUGACUCAGAGCCUAUUCGGGCUCGAUGAAUAAUUGUUAAAUAUAUCGCGAUAUCAGUUUUCACAUACCUAUGUCGCGAUAUAUUAACUCUGAACGGUCCUUGUAAGGCACACAUCUUCGCCUCGCAAUAGUAGGGACCCCCCGAGUAAUAAGAUAGGAUAGGAGUGACAGAAAAGGCUUUUAAAUCCAGCAAUAACGAUGGUCGUUACGUUGCGAGGAUUACGGUCAACAAAAAAUCACAAAUGGUAUCGCGAUAAGUACCGAAUUUUGAAGAAGGCUAAAGAUUUGGAUGAUCAUACUACUGGAUUGCGUAUUUAGGAUUACUACCUGAACAGGAAACUCUGGUAACGAAAGGGCUAAAUAUGACGCCAGAAAAUCAGCCUUUUUAAAGCAACUUUUUUGUUCAAAAUGGCACACUUUAGGUUGACCCACGCUUACGUCUUGAAUGUAAAGCGAAAUUUGCCUGGUCCCUGUACGACGUUUUCGCAGUCCCUCUCCGUCAAUUCACUUCGGUGACCUAUCCGACGCGAACAUUUUCGCUUGGACGACGUGACCCCAAGCGCUUUGGCCGCGCGGAAUAAUAAGGCCAAGGGACUAGGUAAAAGCGAAUUUAAGCAGCCGUACGAUAGUAUCGUCCAUCACAUAUAACAAGCAUUUUGUUACAACUUCAAAUUUCUCAUCCAUAGGCCAUGAAAAUCCACAUCAGUGAGACUACUUACAACUGUCUACAACUGGCAAACUACAGCAUGAAGCUGAGAGGAAGCAUUGAAGUGAAGGUGACAUGAAACUCUGUAAUGAUAAAUUUUAGUUAGAUUUCCUUUCCCAGAAAAAGAUAAUCUGGAAAACAAAUCGUUUUACACAUUUUAACCACCCACUGUGUUUCUUUUCAGUCUUAAUUUCUUAUCACAUUAUUUUAGAUGUAAGGGUUGAAACUGUAUCUUUCAUUUUAAAUCAUUUGAACGUACUGGAACCUUUUAAAACGAUUUGCUUUGCUUUGAGGCACAGUUUGGUCAAACGAUUUGCUUUGCUUUUGGGCACGGUGUGGUCAAAUUUUGCAGUGAAACUUGAGGCAAGUGUUGUUUCAAUGAAUGACUUACGAGCGAAUACCGUAUGUAUCCAAGUAAGCCCUCACUUCAGCAUUAGAGUACACUUCAUCACUGGAAUGCUAUUAACUUACAAGUUCCAAGAGUGACCAAAAUCAAGUGUCUCCCAACAAUAUCAAUACAGAGUCUAGAGAAAAGGCUAUGAGAAUUUAUAUUCUAUCAACUUAUUGUUUUAAGGGGGCAGUUUGGUUGGUUUUUUGGGGGAUAUGAUGUUGAUUUGGGAAGGAAAUAAAUAAGGGUAGAAAAGGUAUACACGUAAACCAGCUAAUGGGAUGAGAGGCACCUUGUUGUGGUGGUGGACUAUCUGGUAAAUAGAGAGAUUAAGAUUCACGUUUACUGCAAACGGCAAACGUCAGGCUCAGAUUGAGAAUUUCUCAGAAAAGGAAAUAAGCAGAUAAAACAGUCCCGAACGAUCCCUUUGGUUAAAACUGGCAUAAAUCUGCUUAUUUUUGUGUAGAAUAAUAAAGAGUAAACGGAGAACAAGGGAAAAACCUGGUCACGUGGUACAAAUUCACGUCUGUCGUUUGGCGUAAACGUGAAUCUUAAUCUCUCUAUUCUCUACUAGUUAUUCACUUCAUACUUUAAUUUUUAACAACCCCCAAAUCCAAAUAUUUUCCACUUUUUUCAAAAUUUUAGGCAUCCCCCCCCCUAAUUUUUAUACAUUAAAAAUAUUCGAAAAAUUAUCCAAAAAUCAUCCAAAAAAUAUUCAAUUAAGGACUCCAACUAAAUUGCGUCGUUUUUUGAUUGAAUGAAAUCUUGCCUAGAUAUUGAAGGAAAAGGGUGGAAAUCAACGAAAAAUAAUGCUUUUAACCAGACUACUGCCCCCUGAAGGCAAUGUCUGAAGAACAUUUAUGUGUAAUUUUGGGGUUAAAGGGUUAAGUAAAAUUUCCUUUUAACAUCGAGGGAUCAAGUGCUUUAUAUUUGAGGGUCAUGGUAAGCUUUUUUCCCGUGCUGGUAGGGAAAAGGAGGGAUGAAAACAUACUGGCUUGUUGGAAGGAAUGGAACGGGAGAAACAGCACAGUCGUACAUGUCGUUUGUCGGCGGUAGCCAUCCAAUUGCAAUACACACCGAGUGUGACGAUGCUACAUCACAUCAGUCUACCUUGGGAAACAUCAAUCUUCAGAUGAACACGACGACGGUAUCUGAAGAGGAUGAGAAGACUUUGAACGGGGCUGAUGAAGGGAAUGAAAUAAUAAACCCACAAAAAGAUUGUCCUGUUGCAUACUACGGACAUGUUCCCCACACGCCUGCUAAUGGUGGUGUGCACUUUAAGUGGGAAGAGAAGGUUUGAAAUUUUUGUGGUAUAACUUUUUUAAAAUUUAUGUCUGCUACGUUGUUUACAUUUGGUCAAAGGAACACUGCCUUUAAAUGUCUGAGUCGUAUUACUUUUUAAUUGUUGAGAUUUCAUGUACGAUAAAGAGGAAACACGGCUAACUCUUGUAUAAAAUAGAUGGUGAAUGUGUUUUGUUGCCUCAAAAUGAUGAGCUCAUACAUGUUCGUUGAAAACGCUUCUCCCACACAAACAUUUGUCGUCAAAUGGCGCCAGCAAUGCCACAGUUUCCGUUUUCAAACGCUUCGUCAGUCAAGUGUGAAAAACAUUUGAACCGCAUGAUUGGUCAGGUGUCAACAUUUUUAACGGUAAAAAAUGAAAGCCUUAGCUGCAGUGUACGUAGCUUUUCUGAGUUUAUUCUUUGAGUAUCUGAAUACAACAGCCCUUGUGGAGGUUGAGAUGUAAGGUGCUACUCCAACAAGUGUAUAGUGAUUGAAUACGCAACAUUUGAAAUUUUAACUUUUAUAUGUACUCUCUGAUUUUCAGGGCAAUCUAAACAAUGUCUCUUUGGACAAAGAGAAUUCUUCUGCCGUAGAUGAGCAGGCCAAAUCAAAGAAGGAAAAUGAGCCCUCUAACACCGCGUCAACAUCAUUGUGUAAUCUUUUGUAACUUAUUACAAUUGUUCUUCUAUCGAGUGUUCGGUAUUGAAUUGGAAUUAUUAUUUUUGCAUGGGAGGUGUCAUUGUUUUUGAAAAUUUAAUUUUUAUUCUUUGGGUUUGUACAGUACUUCAAGCCUGUUUUGAACUACUUUUUAAUGUAUAAUUUCUAUUUAGUUAUUUCUUUUUUUACUGUAUUGAAAAUUUUCAGGAUAUUUUUAUUUUGUACGUUGAACGUCACAGAUAUCCGAUAUCUAACAUAGCAUAAGGGAAAAAGCACUUUGAAAUUUAUUCUAAUUUAUUUAAAGCGCGUGUGUAAGAUGCUUUGGAAUUAAGUUAUUUGGGUUAAGCUGUAUCAAUUUAUGAUCGUAAUUGUCGGGGCAAAUGUCCUCGAAUUUUAUAUCAUUGAGAAAAGACCUGAUUUAUGUUAAAUAUGGGGUCACCAAAAAGUAUACAGUCUAGGGAGGUGAUCCUUUGCCCCUUCGAGAAAGGGACUACAUGCGUGUUUGAGUACUUUGGAAGGGGCGGGGUAGGCUUUAAAAAGAUGGGUUUUACUUGGGCACCAUAGACAGUUACAGAUUUAAUAUAGGUGUUCGCCUUAGAGAGGUGACAUUCUAGAAAUAUAUGUUUCGUAGUUGGUGAUGCUUGCAUACCUCAGAUAGGCGGACUCCUUAAGGAGGUCUUCUCCUUAAAAGUUGGGCGGUACAUAAGAGAUGUACACACCUCAAAGAAGUCGGUGCCUCAGAGGUUCGGAAUCUUAGUUAGGUGUGUGCCUCAGAGUGCUUGCUCUCUUAACCUUAAAGAUGUUUAAUUGGCAUCUCAGUCGUAAGAAAAAACUAUAUCAGUUAAGAUUACUUUUUAUUUUAUUUAUUUUUUUACUGCUUUAAUGUUAAUUUCGUGCUGUCUUGUAAAUGUAUAUUAUUUGUGUUUCCCGUUGCAUCUUACCUGAAGACUCACCCCAUCUUCCUGGUUUUUAGUUGGUCUAAAGCACCAAACGCUGUAUAUCGUAAUUAAAUGAGUAUACAAUUUAGCCGAAAAAGGUUCCAUUUCCAGGGAAUUUAUCAAAUGACCUGGUUUCGAAGCGGUUGGCAUACUGGGCUUCUGUUACUGAAAUGUUAACAAUGUUGUUUGAUGCAAUUAGUACUUAACUGUAUCACAGCAAACAGAAACUCGAACCAAAACAAAUUAAACGCAGUAAAAGAGUCCUAAUACAACAGAGUCAAUACCCGUUGGCCCUAUAAACUAAAUUGAAGUUAGCCUGAGUAUCAGGCGUUUCUGGGGGAAAAAGGGAAAGAUGGAAGCGAAAAAGGGAGAGAGUUAUACUCAGGCUAAAUUGAAGUUAUAUUUCGAAAUCGUGGCUCUGGUUCUGAUAAACGUUUUGAAUUGUGAGCAAAAUUAGCGAAAGCUGAUAGCGUCGGUCUUGUUGAUUAAGCUGCGCUGGGCUUGUCUAUUGACGCCGAUGAACCUUCUCUUGACACUAGAGAGCCUAUGGGUUCACUAGAUAGCGCUAACGUUAGUUUGUAGAUAAACUCCUUUGAGUUAAGGUGUUUGACGUUCUAAAGACAAAUAUGUCAGACAUGAUCUAAAUCAUUUCAAUUAAUAAUACUUAUGAACAAAUAUCUUGUGGGGUUGUAUGAUUCUAAUUUUGAAUUAGGUGUGAAUUUUUAUUGGGCUUUGGAAAAGUUAAUUUGUAUUACAACUUGAAACGAUUGAAUACGUUACGUAAUCGUAACUGGAGCCAGCCAACAUAUUAAUUUAUAAUUAUUAUGUUAAGUAUCAAAAUAAUUUGUACAUUUGAGAAGGGAAAGUAUAUGAAUUGAAUAUGAAUAUCGGGCAGGGUUUGCAGUUGCGGCUUCUGGGAAAAAUACUGCUUUGUUAUUUAUCUGGGUUAGUCUUCAAUUUCCUGUCUCAGUAAGUGUAUAACACAUAAGUGUGGAGCUCAUCGUGUUGGUCUUAAGAGCUCUAUAGAAACGAGAUCUUAUAUUUGCAAUUUAUCUUCCACCUGUUAGUUCACACUCACUAAAAAGGCCAUUAUUUAUAAAUUUGAUGCUAAUAUAUGGGAGAAAUAUUUUCGCUGAAAGGGGGAGAUCAAUAGGGGAAGCGGGGCACGGGAGGAGGGUGUCAGUCCCAAUUGUUACAUUACCAAGGACCUAAAGUAAAUAAUGCGAAAAUUCGACGUCGAAAAUGGGGGAGGCGGGGCACGGGAGGAGGGUGACAGUCGCAGUUGUUACAUUACCUAGGACCAAAAGUAAAGUACGGCGAAAAGCCGGCAUCUAAAAUGGCGUAGAAAACUAUACAAAGAACAAGCUAUGGGAUAGUUUCAUCCAGUUGUUAGGUUUAUUGACGAACGGUUUUUUACUCUCCAACUUAAAAUGAUUAUUUAGGUUGCUGCACCGUCUAUCUCUUUAUGAUCUUUAAGCCUUUUUUGUGGGCAUAGUCUUAUCUCGUAUGGGCAAGCACAGCGUCGUCCAUGCGCAUGGUACGAAAAUAUAAUGAAUGGGCAUGGGUGUAGAUCGGCUUAAAUAAAGAUAUGUAAACCUACCCGUCAGUAGCGGGACUGGCGCAUGCAGCGAGCGUAGUAAUAAAUCGAACUGCUAAGACAUUUUCAUGGUGCCUUUUUAUUGAGCAUUUGAGUGAAAAUAAUUUAUAAUUUAGUGUCGGAUAAACUUGUAAAUAAUAAGCUCGAAAUGAGGUGUAAUAUUACUAUGAAUGUUAUAAAUAAUCUCAUGCACUUCGAUAAUAU